UCGUUAGUCAAGCUUUGUACGCACAUCAUCAAUUUGAACACAAGUGUGGAUACGUCGGUUGGUCCCAUUGUUUCAUGUCGGAAGAUGCCAAAGUUGCACAAAUAGUUUCAUUAACUGGUUUAUCAACAGAACAAGCAAAAUUUUUUCUGGAUAGUUGCGGAGGAGACACAGAAGCAGCUUUGAAUACUUAUUUAGAAACACAGCCUGAAGAACAGUUGUCUCGUUGUGAAGAAGUAGAGACGCGAGCUAGCGAAGUAUUUGAGGAGUCAUCGCCACCAAGAGAAACAGUUUACCGAGAAAAACACAUUAUGACGGAUAAACAAAGCAGUUCUUCGAGACAGCCAAAGCGAGGAGGUGUUGCUUCACUACGCGAUUUGUUACCAGAAGAACCUUCCCCAGAAGAAGAAAGUGGAAAGAAUUACUAUGCUGGAGGAGAAAGAAGUGGACAAAUGAUACAAGACCCUAGAAGACCCCCUAGGAAUGACAACGAGAACGAGCUGACGAGAAAAAUAUUUGAAAAGGCUAUGCAGUAUAAUGAGCAACCUGAGGAAGAUGUCGACUUUAGUAAUCGUCAGCGCUUCACAGGAGCAGGCUAUCGGUUGGGUGACGGAAGGGACGGAAGUAGCUUGUCACAGCCAGUAGUAAUGGGGAAGAAGAAUGUGGUCAAAACAUUAACGUUUUAUAAGAAUGGCUUUCAAGUUGAUGAGGGCCCCUUGAGAGAAUAUGAUGACCCUGCCAAUCAACAGUUCCUUAGAGAGGUGGAAAGCGGAUAUGUUCCACGUGAGAUGGAGGAGCCUGGAAUGGGAAAUGUUUCGAUCAAUCUUGUAGACAAGAAGGAUGAAGAGUUUGUUCCUCCAAAGCCGAAAGUGCAGCCUUUUACGGGGCGAGGAUAUCGACUUUCGGAAGGAAUGGGAAGUAGUUAUGAGGCAACCUCCUCUGCUACGGAGUCGGGUGGUUCAGAAAUGGAGCAUAAGCCAUCGGAGCUGGAUCCGAACAAGCCAACUACAUCGAUCCAAAUCAGGCUGCAUGAUGGUACUCGCGUUGUGGCAAGGUUUAAUGAAGACCAAACUUUGGGAGAUAUUAGAAGGUUUGUAUCCAGUGCCCGACCUCUACCAUCCAACGCCGCCUUUGAACUCAGUUUACAAUUCCCAAGGCAAAUUUUGUCAGAAGACUCCAAAACAAUCAGUGAAUUAGGCUUGAAAGGAUCAGUUAUCGUUCAAACUUUGAAAUAAGUGUUGUGUAAUAAAGGUUGAUGAUUGCAU